AUGUCGUGCACUCUGGUGCCCUUCGGCCACUUCCAGGACUUGGAGGCGGCCCGCGACUUCCUGUGCCCGCAGCGCCGCGCGGCCGGCGCCGCGCCCGCCCGCGACAGCGCAGGUAAAUCGGCAAACUGGGAAGAUGAUGGCUGGGGAGCCUGGGAUGAUGCUGAAGUACAAGAACCUGAAGAAGAGGAAUCUGCUUCUAAGAACCAGAGAAAUUACUGGCUUCAAAGCUGUGUGUUGUCAUUGUCACCAACCAAUGACUUGAUGGUAAUAGCUAAUGAGCAGAAAGCUGUCUUUUUAGUGCCCAAAUGGAAGCACAGUGACAAGGGAAAAGAGGAGAUGCAAUAUGCUGUUGGCUGGAGUGGCUCUCUGAAUGUUGAAGACGGUGAAUGCGUCAGUAGUGUGUUGUGUAUCCCACUGGCAAGUCAGAAGAGGAGUUCCACUGGCCGUCCUGACUGGACCUGCAUUGUGGUUGGCUUCACCUCUGGCUAUGUUCGCUUCUACACUGAGAGUGGGGUGCUGCUUCUUGCACAGCUUUUAAAUGAAGAUCCUGUCCUGCAGCUUAAGUGCAGAACUUAUGAAAUUCCCAGGCAUCCUGGUGUCACAGAACAGAAUGAAGAACUCAGUAUCUUGUAUCCAGCAGCCAUUGUGACAAUCGAUGGUUUCAGCCUCUUUCAGUCCCUUCGUGCAUGUCGUAAUCAGGUAGCAAGAGCUGCAGCAUCUGGCAGUGAGAAUGUCCAGCCACCGCCACUGGCUUACAAGAAGUGGGGCUUGCAGGAUGUGGAUACAAUCGUUGAUCAUGCUAGUAUUGGUAUCACAACACUGUCUCCUUUUGAUCAAAUGAAGACUGCCUCCAACAUAGGUGGAUAUAAUGCAGCUAUAAAAAAUAGCCCUCCUGCUAUGUCCCAGUAUGUUACUGUUGGAUCCAAUCCUUUCACUGGCUUCUUUUUUGCUCUGGAGGGUAGCUCACAACCACUAUUGUCUCAUGUUGCCUUAGCAGUUGCAAGUAAACUGACUUCAGCAUUAUUUAAUGCUGCCAGUGGCUGGCUUGGUUGGAAGAGCAAACAUGAAGAAGAACCUGUCCAAAAACAAAAACCAAAAGUUGAACCUGCCACCCCAUUGGCAGUGAGGUUUGGACUUCCAGAUUCCCGUCGUCAUGGUGAGAGAAUAUGUCUUUCUCCAUGUAACACUUUGGCAGCAGUAACAGAUGACUUUGGAAGGGUUAUUUUACUGGAUGUUACAAGAGGACUUGCAGUUCGCAUGUGGAAAGGAUACCGCGAUGCAGAAAUUGGUUGGAUACAAUCUGUAGAGGACCUUAAUGAGAGAGAAACUGAGAAGAUGGAUUUUUCUCCUUUCGGACAUGCGCAGGGUCCGAGCAGGGUGGCUCAGUUCCUUGUGAUCUAUGCACCAAGGAGAGGAAUCCUGGAAGUGUGGAGCACUCAGCAAGGGCCUCGGGUUGGGGCCUUCAAUGUGGGGAAGUGCUGUAGAUUGUUGUAUCCAGGUUAUAAAAUAAUGGGUUUAAACAAUGUGACCAGUCAGGGAUGGCAGCCUCAGACCUACCAGAUAUGUCUUCUUGAUCCAGUCUCUGGAAGUGUGAAAACCAUCCAUGUACCUUUUCAUUUAGCACUAAGUGAUAAAAAGAGUGAGCGAGCAAAAGAUAUGCACCUAGUGAAGAAAUUAAAUGCAUUACUCAAGGCUAAAACUUCAGAUCCAGACUUGGUUGAAGCUGAGGCAAAGGAAUUAAUCCUGGAUAUUAAAUACCCUGCUACGAAGAGACAGGCUCUGGAAAGUAUAUUGACAAGUGAACGUGUGUCACUAUCAUCCCUCACAAGCAUCACUCAGACAUUAAUGGAUGAUUUAAAAAAACAGGAGCUGGAGUGUGUGGAUGAAGCACWACUACAGUUCUGUGCAAGCAAACUGAAAUUGUUGCACCUUUAUAAACUAGUUAGCAAACUAAAUUCCCAGAAAAUACAGGAAGACACUCCACCUACAGAUAAUGACUUGGCUAAGCUGCUUCGGCUGGACCAGGAGGAUUUUCUUAGGCUUCAGAUGUUGCUGGAGAACUAUAAGCAAGGAAACACUGAAACCACUGAAACUGCCGUUCAAUUUGCUGAUGAGAAAGAUUGUGUACUGCCUGUGAAAACAUUCUUAGAGUAUCUGGAGUAUGAAAAUGACACAAUUAAUGUGAAAAAUAUGGAAGAUAGAGAGUAUGUGGCUUUAGGCAGCUUUUUCUUCUGGAAAUGUUUGCAUGGAGAGAGUUCCACCGAAGAAAUGUGUCACACGCUGGAGGCAGCAGGUUUUAGCCCUCAAACCUUGUUGUCACUCCUCCUCAAUCUUUGGCUUUCCAAGGAAAAGGAUAUUCUAGAUAAACCAGAGUCCAUCAGCUGUCUUCACACUAUGCUGUCACUUCUGAGCAAAAUGAAAGUUGCUGUAGAUGAGCCGUGGGACGCUCGCUCGGCUUCCCCCUGGUGGCAGCAGCUGCGGGCGGCUUGCGUUCAGUCGGGGAGCCACGCGGCCGCGCUGCUCGCUGCCCACGCUGGACACGCCGUCGCCGCGGGCAUCGUGGCCAGCGCCGCGGACAGGCAGUUUUCCCAAAUAAUUGUAGGUUCAGAUACGGACUCAUGGGAAGCGCUUUCUCUUGACACUGAAUAUUGGAAACUUUUGCUGAAACAGUUAGAGGAUUGUCUGAUACUUCAAACACUGCUGCAGAGCAAAGUGAGCAAGAGGACAAAGAGAAUUUCAUCUCUUCAGAUGGAGCCUUUGGGCAGGCUUUCUGUAAAGAAAUUGCUUGAAGGUGGAAAAGGGGGCUUYGCUGACAUUGUAGCCAAGUGGGUUUUUAAGCAAGGCUUCAGCCCUGUUGUUCUGAAUUUGGCAAAACACAAAGAAGAUGCYGACAACACUGUGGAGUCGGUGGACACGCACAGUAACAUCUUGCUUGAGGAACCAGAAGCAGUUGCAGACUUGGCACCAAUCUUAGAGCUGCUACAACUGGCGUAUGAGCAGUUUCCUUGCAGUCUUGAACUGGAUGUACUCCAUGCACAUUGCUGUUGGGAAUACGUAGUGCAAUGGAAUAAGGACCCAGAGGAAGCAUGUUUUCUCAUUAGGUCAAUAGAUCACCUUAGAYGCAUCGUUAAUGCCCACGUUCAACAUGGCAUUGCUCUGAUGAUGUGGAAUACGUUCAUAGUAAAAAGACUUUCUUCUGCUACUUAUCUAAUGGACAAGGUUGGAAAAGCUCCCAAGGAUAGAUUAUGCAGAAGGGAUGUAGGUAUGGGCGACACUGCGAUGACAUCUUUUCUUGGCUGCUGUUCGGAGCUUCUACAGACGUUACUAGAGGCCGACGUGGGCAGCGACGAGAUGGCGGCCCCCGCGCUGGCCACCGAGGACGCCUGGCUCUCCGUCCAGGGACCCGUGUCCAUCGUGGAACUCGCCCUCGAGCAGAAGCGCAUCCACUACCCGCUGGCGGAGCAUCAGUUCGUGUUAUGCACUGUCCUCUACGUAGUCAUGAGGUUUUCUCUGAAGAGCGUGAAGCCCCUCUCGCUUUUUGAUAGUAAGGGCAAGAAUGCCUUUUUCAAAGACCUUACUUCAAUUCAGCUCUUACCCAGUGGGGAUAUGGAUCCAAAUGUUUUAUCCAUACGGCAACAGUUCUUGGCGAAAGUUGUGAGUGCAGUGGUCCAAGCCCUGUGUUCAUCACAGAAGGCCAAAGGAGCCUCAGAAGAUGAAUUGUUUCCUUUUGAAAAGGAGAAGGAUUGGCCAGCUUUGGUUGUGCAUCUGGCUCAGCGUCUUCAAAUCUGUGAGGAUACAGUUCGAAGGCUUUAUGUCUGUGAGCUGUAUAAUUAUGGAAUGGAUCAUCUUGGUGAAGAGGCCUUUCUUCAGGUGACUGACAAGGAAGUACUUGCAUCUCAGCUCCUUAUACUGACUGGACAGAGACUGGCCUUUAUUUUACUUCACAUGCAGACAAAGGAGGGUAUGGAGCUCCUUGCUAGGCUUCCUCCAAUGCUAUGUACUUGGCUUAAAGCCAUGGAUCCCCAGGACCUUCAAAAUCCAGACGUGCCAAUUGCAACAACAGCUAAACUGGUUAACAAAGUAAUAGAGCACUUACCAGAGAACCACGGGCAGUACAGCCUUGCCUUGAACCUGAUAGAGGCUGUGGAAGCAAUCUCAUCGUGACCACGCCAGUCUGCCACACCGUGGUGUUCUGCUUGACUUGACAUGAUAAGGCCAGACUUUAUAGAAGAAAACUUUGUAGAACAACCAAAAGAACAACCCUCCCCAUCCUGGACUUUCAGAAGAUAAUUUUAAAAAUGGAAUUUAUUUUAAAUUCUACACUAGCACAAAGAUGGUUAGUUUCUAGCUUACUYGUCAGUAUCUGAAAUGCUUUGUUAUUUAUUUCUCACUUGAGCGCUUCUUGAGGUAGCUGCUUGGGAUAGAUUUGACAGCAGUUUUAGUCUAGUUACAAAACUACAUUUUGUGAAAUUCUGUAUUUCAUACUAGUGGUAACUGCUGCAGUUUGUGUCCCAUGUAUGAUCAGUUCAUCAAAGCAAGCUGUAGAAUUACACCUGAGAAACUGCAGCAACUGAAGUUAUCUUAUACAGCCAGUACUGCUUUUUUUGAGCUAGAACUGGUGUUGGGCUUGCAUCUUUCAACUGCAUUAUAUGUGAGAAUGAUGGUGGCACUAGAGAUAGGACCGAAUGUGCUGGGGCCUGAGGCAAGGGGGAAACCUCCCUCUCCUCCAGACUUAAGUGUGGACUCAUCUUUUAAUCCUAAUCCCUGGGCACUGCUUCCCAGGGGUAUUGGCCUCAGCUAAAACUGGAUUUACAUCCUUUUACUGCCCUUAAGUAUUAACCUCUUUUGAGUUUCAGCGGGUCAAGGAAGGUCUUACUGUACAGUUGUCCUCCACAUGUGAUCACUGUCGAAGACAUAGUACGCUGUAAGUCUCUGCACAUGUUAACUGGUAGUCAAGAGCUGCUUAAAUAGUUGACCCAACUUUACUGAAUACCUUAGCCUUAAAAAGAAAAAAAAAUGCUUAUAUUUACAAUAACUACAGGGAAUUAUAUAGUGAAUAUCUUCACUAUCGGAGUGGUAUAUUAAAAAGACAUUUAUCUUGCAUCAGUUAAUACUGUUUAUUUUCUACUUAAAUGAGUAUUUCCUGGAAAAAGCCAGGACAGAAUAUUGGUGUGAACUGUAUUUAUUUUUUUUCUUUAAAAGUCAGUUGAAAUUACUAGCUCAGUCCUAUAACUUGCUUUUCUUGCAUUAUAUGUAAGAAAUUUCCACAAAAUUCUGCAUUUAUUUUUUUAAACACAGAAUUUGGUCUUACCUUUCUGAAGUAUGUGCUGCUGUCAUCCAAGGACUGCCCUUCCCGAAAAGGGCGUCUGGAGGGAGCUUGUGCUACACAACCUCCUUCACCUGUUCCAUGUCCACAGUUCUUAACUGCUGCACUUCAGUGUAGCUGACUAAGGCUCUUUGACAAGUUUUGGUGCUAAAUGUGUGACUUCCUUCAGCCGUAUGAGAUUGGUUAUAACCAAAGAUCAGUGAGACUUUUAGUAAGAACAACAGGCCAUCCACUAUCUACACUUCCAYUAACUUCAGUUAUAAAACUACAGAAUUAAAACUGUUCCAGGAAAGAAAACGGGAAGAUUAUACCGAGACUGUACCACCUUGCCUGACAGCACUUCAAACUUC